AGCCUCGAUCAACCCAGCGCUACGCACGAGCAGCAGCACCCCAGUCCCCAGACACUGCGGCCGCGCGUACGCGACGUGGCCGGCCGGGUCGGGUGACCAUGAGCACCAGCGCGGCGUCCUCCUCCUCCUCCCCGCCGCUGACGCCGCCGUCCCCGCUGCCGGUCAGCGUCGGCCCGGGACGCCGGCCGUACGCAUUCACGCCGUCCCCGUCCGCGUCGCCGCCCUUCUCUCCGCGUGACUUCGACGCCUCACCGUCGCCGUCGCCGCUGCUAGCACGGCGGGCGGUGCGGUCCGAGCCGCGGCUGCUGCAUUACUCCGCCUUCUCCAUGGACGCCGCCGCGUCCGCUCGUCGGGAGCAGCCGCCGAGAAGACGGUUCGAUCUCGGAGCAUGGUGUUUUGAGUGGGUGUUGAUGCUGGUGCGCUGCUGCUGCUGCUCUUGGAGGCCGGCGUCCAGGCAGCAGCUCUGCUAGUCGAUGGCGAGAUGCAACUGCGAUGCUAGUCAUCAAUGCAAAUAUGGAAUAUUCCCUCCAUCUCAAAUUUUUUGUUUUAGAUUUGUCUAAAUACGGAUAUAUCUAAUUACGAUUUAGUGUUAGAUAUAUUCGUAUCUAGACAAAAUUAAGACAAAAUUUUUGGGACGGAGGAAGUAUGUGCCAAGCUUGCUGUGAGCAUGUGACUGUUUGUUCACGAGUGUCAUGACUUUUUGCUUUGUCGUU